AUGAAUUUGGUGUGGAAUACAAGAAAAUUUGCUAAGAUUUCACGAAAUAAUCUCUGCAAAACCCUAAAUGAUAUAGGUGGAAAUGAUCAGAUACUGGUAGUCCAACCAAAUGUACGACCUUACUUGAAUAGGUUGAUGACCUUUAGCCAGUUGACUGAAAUGACGAAUGUAUCUAAAAUUGCUAUAUUAGAUGAUCUAUGCUUCGAUGCAUUACAAAAUAUUCAAUCAAGUAUGUCGGAAAUAUCAAUUAUCUUUCUAAUCGAUGUUAGAGUAGAUCUUGUUAUUCCAACUCAAUUAAAGAAGAUUGUACGCAAUUUAUCAUUAUCUCAACUCCAUAUUAUUCAUUGUGAUUGGAAAUCACAACGAACUUCUGGCCCGAUGAUUGACGAUAAGUAUGCUGAGCAAAUGAUAACGGAUCAAUUGAACCAAGAUGAAGCAGGGAGUGUUAUAAAUUAUGUCGAAUCCCAACUGCAUCAAUGUUUAAAAGAGAUUUCCAAUAAACCUAAACUAAAUUUGUUUUCGUGGGGAGUAUUGCCAUUCCCAACGAUUGAUGAUAAUGUUCUCAUUAACGGCAUACUAUAUAAUAGCGAUAAUGAUAAUAUGUAUUUCCCUAGAUCAUAUUCAAUGGAAUCAGCAACUAGAAGUAUAUUACUUGAUAACAUGGUAUCAUGUUUACAUUCAUUACUUCAAGAAACCUCCACUAUUAUUACGAAUUAUGUUGCGAUUGGGAAUGAAUCCAAAAAAUACGUGGAAUUAUUGCAUGAUAGGAUAAUUUCAACACGUACAAAUGAAGAUAUUUUCAUUGAAGAAACCCUUUUUGGAGGGAAAUUCCAAAAUGAGGAUUUGGAAACUGAUUUGAUAGUUAUUGAGAGGGAUACUGAUCCAAUUACAGUUUUAUUAACCCAAUUGACAUAUGGUGGUAUUCUAGAUGAUUUAUAUACUCUUACACCAUAUGGAAGCUUACAAGAUAAAGAAGAUGAUAUUCUCUUCGACCAUGGGGAGGAUGAUAUUUGGGAAGACUUGAAGUUUUUGAAUUUUGGUGCAGCGGGUCCUGAAUUAAGUAAGAUAGCCAAAUCUUUACAAACUAAAUAUGAUGCUCGACAUAAUGCAGAUACUGUAGGAGAAAUUAAGCAAUUCGUUGAUUCCUUAGGGUCACUACAAGCAAGGCAAAAGUUAUUAAAUUUGCAUACAACUUUGUCCAGCGAUGUUCUUGAAGAAGUGGAAGAAAAUGAAUCCCUACAGUUUAAUAGAAUUUUAGAAAUGGAACAAGAUUUUCUUUUAAAUAAUCUUGACAAUAAAGCCUGUUGUGAAAGUAUAUUAGAUUUAAUUUAUGAAGGUGACGUUAGCUCUACCAAAAUAAUAAGAUUGGUCUGUCUAUUCUCGCUGCUGAAGGUAUCUUGUCGAGAUAAGGAUUUUGAGACUUUCAAAAAGGAACUGAUUGAUACUUUUGGUAUUGAGAUUUGUUUCACAUUAGAAAGACUGACAAAAGCAGGGUAUUUCAUUAGUAAAAGUCUGGAUGACUCAAAAAAUCCGACCAUGGAAUCAAAUUCAAAAAUAAGGAAAGAGUUUCGUUAUUUAUCAAGUUGGCUAGACAUGUUACCCACAGAAGAAGAUAUUCAACCGAGUAGUUCAACCCAUAUUCCAGGGGGAUUCAAACCAGAGGAACCAACUUUUGCCUAUUGUGGUGUAGUUCCUUUGACGACACGGUUGAUACAAUUACUAUAUGAUAGAUCUAUCCUGAGCAAAAAUUAUUUAUCACAACAGCCUUUUAUUAUAUCCAAAGAACCUAACGUUUCUCAAACUGAAGAACUAUUUGAACAAUUGUAUGGUGAUUCCAAAAUAAUUCGAAGUGGUACUUGGAUAGCAAAGGCCAAGGGUUCUAGUGUUACUAAACCAACCAAUAGCAAGAAAGAAAUGAAAAAGUAUCCAGACGUUGUUAUUGUGGUGUUUUUGGGUGGUGUUACCGUUGGUGAAAUUGCAACUUUGAAUCAUUUACAAUCUCAAUUGGAGGCUAAAGGUGUUAAAAAGAGAUUUAUAAUAUUAUGUGAUGAUCUGAUAAAUGGUAACAAACUAAUUAAUAGUCUCCAGCCGUGA